GGCCUCUCGCGACGGGCGGCUCAGGGCGACGGGGAGCGGCGUGUGCGCGCGCGGGGGCCUCGCGCGCUUCUUCAGUCGCCAGCAGCAGCAUCAGCAGUAGGCCACGCAGCUGCGACAAACAACAAGACGUGGUGGUGGUCGUGGUGGUCGUGGUGGCGUUCUAAGUCAGGGCGGCCGAGCAGCCUGCGACGAGGUGGACGGGGGAGGGUCUUCUCGUAUGGGGUUCGUCACCCAUCGCCGCCACCAUCCGGUCGACUCGUGAGUUGAAGGGAAGGAGGAGGAGGAGGAGCCUCGUCUCGCCGUCGACGUUGCCUGCCACGUUGUUCGUUGCCGUGGCGAUUGGAGGUCGAGCAUCCUAGCGUCCCACGAGGUGACGGGGGGUGGGCAGACAACCGAGCGAGCUGCCACCAUGGGAUCGGACUUGGGCUGCGGCUGGUUGUUGGGCUGGGAGGCCCCGGGGCUGCAGGGUGCCCUGGUGGCAGCGCUGGGGCUGUCCCUGAGCGUAUGGCUCACCAUCCUGCUCGUCUUCAUUGUGGUGCCCGCCACCUUCGGCAUCUCCUUCGGCAUCCGGACGAUCUACAUGCGCAGCCUGCUCAAGAUAUUCGAGUGGGCCACCUUGAGGAUAGAGCGUGGCAUCAAGGAAUCGAAGCACAGGGCGUACAAUACCAACUCCAAUGGAAUCCUCGUCAAGGUGGAGGAGAGCAGCCUGGGGGAGGAGAUCGCCAAGGGCCGGUUGGCGGUGGGCGGGGAGCCGGCGCCCGAGUUCGGCCUUGCCGACACGUUCUACUUCUGCCGCAAGGGCCUGGAGGCCAUCGUUGAGGACGACGUGACCAAGCGCUUCACGGCCGAGGAGAUCGAGUCGUGGAACCUGCUCACUCGUACCAACAACUACUUCCAGUACAUUAGCGUGCGGCUCACCGUCCUGUGGGGCCUUGGCGUCGCCGUGAGAUAUGGCUUCCUGCUGCCACUGCGGGUGACUUUGGCAUUUAUCGGCAUUGGCUGGCUGGUGGUCAGCACUACGCUUCUCGGCUAUUUCCCCGAGGGCAAGAUGAAGGAAUGGCUGAGCGACCAAGUUCACCUCAUGAGCAUGAGGAUCUGUGCCCGUGCCCUCACUGCGAUCAUCUCCUACCACAAUCGGGAGAACAUGCCAAAGAAAGGUGGAAUCUGUGUUGCCAACCACACAUCACCGAUCGACGUCAUUAUCUUGGCCAAUGACCGUUGUUACGCCAUGGUGGGGCAGAAACACGGUGGCCUCAUGGGGGUCAUACAGAGGGCCAUCGUGAAGGCCUGCCCCCAUGUCUUUUUUGAGCGUUCCGAGAUCAAGGACCGGAAUCUGGUCACAAAGAGGCUAAGUGAACAUGUGGCCGACAAGAAUAAGCUUCCAAUACUCAUCUUCCCUGAAGGAACCUGCAUCAACAACACAUCGGUCAUGAUGUUCAAGAAGGGAAGCUUUGAAAUCCAAGGGACAAUCUACCCAGUGGCCAUCAAGUACGACCCGCAGUUUGGGGAUGCCUUCUGGAACAGCAGCAAGUACGGCAUGGUGAACUACCUUCUGAGGAUGAUGAGCAGCUGGGCGAUAGUGUGCAACGUCUGGUACCUUCCCCCCAUGACGCGCAGGGAGGAUGAGGACGCGGUGCAGUUUGCCAAUCGCGUUAAGGCCGAGAUCGCCAGCCAGGGCGGCCUCGUCGACUUGCUGUGGGACGGUGGCCUCAAGAGGGGCAAAGUCAAAAACACAUUCAAGGAAGAGCAGCAGAAGCAGUACAGCAAGACCAUCUGUGGGGAGCCCAGCGAGCAGGGCACCUCAUGACACCGGUGCCACGCGUACCCACCACACACCAGCACUCUUCCUGCACUGGCUGUGUCCACCUCCAGUACCGCACAUCGACACCGCCCUCACUCCAGCACACCCACUGACCUCCCCCCAGCACUUGCAUUCUAUGUUACACCUCUGCCUCUGUUGUCCCUCCAUGCUACAACUCCAGCUGAGCUGCUCGCAGUCGGCGAUACAGGCUGCCUUUACCCUGUUCGCGGUAGAUGUGCGUCACCACUUAAUAGCACUCCAAAUAUAACAGAAUAGCCUUGGAUUUCAAAAUGUUUCACCUGCAUUCUGUAGCUGGCACUCCACACCAGUACUGCACACGCUGCACGCACUGCACCGGUACGUGCGCACACGUACAUGCCACCACAUGCGAGUGGCAUAGCCUGCACUGGUCUGCCCUACCUUAACCUUGCGUUGCCUGUACACCAUCGGACUCCUCUGCACUGGGCGUGGGCACUGGCCUUGAAGAGUCAUAACACUACAUGUUUUCAUUUGUGUAAAUUAUGUGCGGUGCAACAACACUAGGUGAUUACAAGUUCUUAAAGUGCAACUGCGUUUUUUUUAUAUUAAUAAUUGUCCGGUCACGAGUUUGUGUGUGUGUUUGGUGGCAAAAUUGAUCGAUUCAUGAUCAUUGUGGGGAUAUGUUAGUGAGACACACAUGCAGACCCUACACCUGCUAACGUACAAGUACACAUGUGCACAAAAUAAGGCGAGUGCCCUGAAGAGAUCACAGCUGCUCAAUUGUUACAAACCGGGCAACCUUAUAAAAGAAAAAGAUAAAUUUGAAGGUAACAAAUACUGUAUGUAUAUGUGAACUUCUUUUGCACCGUACAUAGCCAACCGUACUUAUCGGAGGCGCGGAAAUACUGGAUAGAUAUACAUACGCACAUUAGCUUAGAACCUGUCGUAGCCAUAUUUUAACUAUUUUGUACCUUUUGAUUAUAAAAUGGUCCCCAACAGUCGAGAAACUAUGAUGUAUAGUUUUCCCAGGAUUGAAACAAAAUAUGGACCAAGAUAAAGUUGAAGCUUUUGAUUUGUUUACAAAUCGCACCCAUAGCUUGCGUUCACGCAGUUGUGGAAAUAGCUUCAAAUCGAUCAGCGCUCAUUCAUGGGUGCAUUUUGGUUCACACGCCACGAUAAUCGUACCCAUCUUGAGUAUCCACAAGUGCGUGCUUGCCGUCUCCACACACAUGCACAAAAAAGAUAACAUAUAUACACUCGCAACGCUGGUUCACAAAUGACAUGAAAUCCUACCCAUGGAUGCAGACGAAAAGAUGUUUGUGGCAACAAAGACGUCUGAAUCCUAAGCGUUAGCAGUGCAAAUAUUUACAGGAAGACAGCCCGUUAAUCCGCACGUCCGUGAAAGCGUUACAAGACCACCUGCAGGCUUUGAGGGCUCAGCUUUGGGAAGCUUUGGGAAGUAAUUGAACGGAAAGAUGGGGGAGGAAGGUAUGGAAGUCCAGGCCAAUUUUCGACUUUAAAGUUUCCAGUGGGAACAUUGUGGAGAGGUUGUUUCGCUCGUUUCUUUUGAGGGCCAUGCCUCGCGGUAUAAUUUUAAUUUAAUGGAUUCUGGGGUCAGAGCUGGUUGUGGCAUGCAUCUCAAGUGCAUUGGGUUCGCACCGACAAAAACAAGAAUUCGAAGAGUAAUGCAAAGGUCUGAGAUGUAAAAAAAAAAUGAGCAUUCUAUGCCAGGCCAUAACGCAUGUAGUGAUUUGACUGCAGAGUACUAUGGGAACUUGUGAAAGUUGUGACGUCGGUGAGUAAAUCAUAUGUCAAUCUUGACCAAUAGCCAGCCAGCUCGUGCAGCUGUCUUCACCACAUUCAGUAUAUGACUACUGCAAAUUUCGGUACAUGAGUACAGGGUUCCCUUAUGAGCUUUUUAAAAUGUGUAGUUUCCACUUUGGUGGUUCGAGUUGUACACCCACGACUGUGAGUUAUAGACAGUGAAUAACCUCCCCUACUUCUUUGCCUUGCUUCAAAUGGUGUUUUUUUGCUCUUUCUGACAAAUAUUGAGCUUUCACAAAGCAAUGUUUAGACAGUGAAGACAGAGCCCAGAGAAAGACCGAGUGUGCGAAGGGCAUCAGCUUAGACUGAGAUCUUACAUACUUGCCAUGCGUUGUGUUGCACAUACCGUGCAAUCUGAAAACCAAAUUGUAUGGGAGACAACCCAGAAUGCAUUCACGCUCGUCCCAACAAUUGAUGGCUGUACAACUACAGCCAUCCAGACGGAGUCUCGGUGUCUAGAGGAGUGGAAAUCUACAACGUUAUUUUGUUUGUUGCUUUCGAUCAGUCGUCUGUCUCGAUGGCGCUGAUGUACUGGUCAGGCCGGGUAUUCCACGCAGUCCACUAUGUAUUUUAUUUGUCACAACAACCUAAUGCUACCAAUAGAGGGGUGACCUUGUACUUUGUGACGUCUAUGUUUUGAUUAACCUCAAUAACCACACCUGUUUUGCAUAUACAUAUAUACAUAGCAGAUUGCAGUGGGUAUCUCAACUGAACUAUUGGCAUGGUAUAGAGAUAGUUCAUUCAACCAUCGUGUAUGGAGUGUGCCCUGCCUGGGGGAUAGCGAGCAACUAUCCGUGUUGACUGUUUUUUUGUAGGUCUGCGGUGAAGACUAUUAAGGGUGGAGCCAUUCAAUGAAUUGUCGCAAUUCAACAAUCAAUUACUUUCACAUUGCGUUGAUUAGUAUCACCCGUACUGGCUGCAGCGUAUAUGAAUCAAAUGUUCCUUCUUGCCCACAGGAUUUGGUGUUUGUAUCGUAUGUUUAAUAAUUGAUAUUCUAUGAAUCGAUGCAUCUCUAAUGUCUCGUUUGUAUGUUGAACUUCUUUCGCACCGUACGUAGCUAACCGUGCUAAUCGGAGUUGCACACUGGCUGAUUCUCGUUCGCCGUUCUCUCUCUGCCCUCUUCUGACCAAAUGGACUUCACGUGCAUCUGAGCCUGCCUGGGAUAGAGGCUGACAAAUCUUCCUCCCCAUUUUCUAAAUAAUAAUAUAAUGCCUGAGAAGGCAAGUGAGAUGAUAGCAUACGUGCUGUUAGAGUAUACUCUGAUGUCAGGAUUGCUUUCUCUAAAGCGGUCAAAGCUAUGUAAUAUAUUGUGAAUGAUGUGGAGUUGCUAAGAAACCACGAGGCAAUUUCCUGAUUAAGUGUUUUUUUUUUCAUCACGAUAAAAGUUUUUCAUGGGUCUGUUUUUUCAACCAUACGUAACAGCAAAAUUUCAAACACGAAGGUCUUAAGCUGUAGGGAUCACAGCCAAUGUCCGUUGCCCACCUUGUGCCCAUUUUGGCGUAGUUGAAAUGGAAUGCAGCACGCCAAGCUCAGUAUUUUACUUAUAGGCAAGGCACCUGGCGUAGAGAUUUAGGCAAAUUGGUUCAAAAGACACCGCACUGCGGUGGACGGUGUGGUAAACUCAAAAUCACAUCGACCCUCGUCCGGUUCAAGGUUUGCAAUUCAUGUCAACUUUACAGCAGCGAGGAUGUGAGAGGUAAGAUGUUAGAUCAGCGAGUUUAAACGCACGUUAAUCCAAUUGGAUGCGAUCCUAUGUUGUCUGUGUGUGUCCUUUAUAUAAUUGUUCAAGAGAAUGUUAUUUUUGGAUUAUUAUUUUUUACAACGACCUACUAGGGUGUGUGGCAUUUUAUGCACUUUAUGUUACCUAUGAUGCGGUCAACAUUCAAGGUCAUGUUGCGUUCUUUUUUUUUUGCUUCGUUAAGUGAAGUGAUGAGUGAAUUUGUCCAAAAAGAGUUGGAAUAUUAAAUCCUUACAAGUGGGAAUGGGUGUUGUGUAAAAUGUUCAUAAUAUGGAAUAGUCAUUUGAAUGACCUGUCAUCGCCCAGGUGAUUUUUUUUUAAUUAAGGAAUUUCCUUCAACCGCCGUCAUGUCAUUUUUUUCUCCAAGAUUGUGAAAAAAAAGCAUGUCUUCGUGAUUUUGGUGCUUGUGUUUAUAUCAUCCCUUCCUGUUUGUCCCAUAAUGUGCAUUUUUAGUUAGUCAUAUCAUUUUGAAGCACUCAGUUUGUGGUUAAUCCUGUUGUGCUUAAUAUAUAUCAGACGUGUCAAACGACGAUGCCUUAGACGUUACCCUGAACUCUUUGCUAAUCAGUUUUUCUCAAACUAUAGUCGAAUGUACGUCAAGCGAUGUCAAAGUUAAGCUCUCUUUUUCGACUAUCAAAUACCUGGGUCACGAUCACACGACUACAAGCUAGAGUCAAACACCACUAUCUUGAUGGCUAACAGCUUUUAACACUGCCUUCCUGUUUAGACUGCCCCCUCCUCCACCGCCUGCACAGCUGAGCGAGGAAAACGAUCCCAAGGUUGAGCUGUACUCAGUCGUGUGUUGGGCACCAACCAGUGCAGGGCUCAUCCGGCGCUCUGCAUUCAGUUAUUUUUUGGUUUUCAUAGACAACUUCAGAAAUGAAUGAAGCUGAAAUCUUAAUCUGGUUGCCUUGCUGGCAGUCAUAUAUGAGGAGCCGUUAUAAGAGGGAGGUUAUCAUCGUGCAUUGUUAAAGCUGCUCUUCUCGAUUAAGCAUCCGCUGACAGUUCUGAAUUUUUAUGUUUGCAACUUUGAUGCUCGUGAUUGUGAAAAUGUUGAAUUGUAAUAUGACCCCUGAUCCAUUUUUACACCCUCAAAAUUGUAUCCGCUACCUCUCUGUGGCCAGGUUCAUGCGUGCAUACGUUCUGUAAUAUACAAGUUGUCUUUUAGCACUGUCCCACCCUAACAUGCAGCAGGAGCUACGCUCACCGCUUUAGGGAAUUGUGAACGGGGCGAUGUACACCAACGCACACGAGAAACACUCCAAAAUAAAGUCGCCAGCAAUUGCGCUCACAAUGAUCCAGACAGCUCCAUUCCAAACGCGAUACAUGUACAUUAUACACAUUUAUUUUUGCUUAUAAAUCAGCCGGCGUUUGCGUUGCAGGUUUCCAAAGCUGUAAAUUCAUUUGCGUGCACAUAGCAGACGCACACUCUUCUGGGUAGAUGUCAUGGGUGUGGGUCCUCUAACUCAGUUCAUCAUUAGGUCUUUCCCCCUUUUCAAAGAAUCUCUCCAGCGACGUUUGUUUUUUACUCAUUUUGGCCAGGGGUUAGCUUUUGGGCUUACCAAAACUGUGACUGAGACAAGUGCGCAGUGCGGGAAAGAGGCGCGGACGGAAUUGGUAAAUAAAAUAAUGGGCGGGCCACGCGCGGACUCACCACUCUCACCUCCUCCUGCUGUGCGGCCUGGUUCCUAACAGGCCACGGACCGAUACCGGUUUGCGGCCUGGGGGUUGGGGACCCCUGCUCUAACUCCAUGGUUUAGGGUGGGACAGGGCAUUAUGGCAGGGAGAUGGAAAUGAAAGCUGCUAUUGCAGCUCUACUCCGGCCACAUCGAAAAACGUGACGUUCGCUCUUAGCAUCGCACCGCGCGUGCGUAAAAUUACCUGUGAUUCUGAGAUUUCAGUUUGUUUACUUGCAUUUCCAGUUCGGUGGUUCCAAAUGUAUUCGCACACCUGUAAUUGACUUAAUGUUUCUCAUUUAUUUCAUUUUGGUGGGGAGGGUGGUGUUUUUCUGUCGAAUCUAAAACACAUUUUCAAAUGGGAGAUGAAAUUUCAAUCUUAAGCAAAAUGUAUAUACACAGUAAAUGUGUAUAAAUUAUUUUGGAUUCAUAAAAGUAGCCUACCUAGGCAUUUCUAAUGGCUGUCAAAAAAAAUUUUCAAAAAAUAAAACAGUGCAUGCAACGGU